AUGCUGAGAAGCUCGGGUCAACAUUUGCUGUCUCGUUGGCAACAACUACAACAGCAACAAAUUGCUGCCAACAAGCGUUGGUUCGCAUCCACCAUUGGUCGAGCAUCCUCCUCCUCCUCCUCAUCAGCAUCCUCAGCACGUGGCCGACGCAUGGCUGCCUAUGUCACUGCCUGUACCACGGCCGGGGCAUUCACCUGUUACCGUCCCGACGAACUGAUUGAUUACGAUCCUUACAAUGCCUCGAGUAGCAUUCUCGCUGUCGUCGCCCACCGAUUUGUCAACGGUCCAGGAGGAUUGGCCACUUUUAACAUUUUAACCUUGCUUGGUUGCCUGGUGGUGGGCGAAUUCCUGGGCAAUGGCUUUCGUCACACCCGACGCCAAUUCUUUGGGGUCUCCCUCACAGAUCAAGAACGUCAUCAGCUCUUGGACGAGGUGGCCAAGAUUGCCGAUUUGGACCAUGCGACUCAUGCCAUGGAAAAGGAUUUGUUGGAUUCGACCUUUGAGAAUGCCAUUUCCAACAUUUUGAUUCAAGCCAAGACUCGUUGGGUUCAUUUGUCAGAUCGUGUGGAUGCGGCCAAGAAUGACAAUAGCAGUGGUACUAGUGGUACUAAUAGUGACAACGACAACAAGACGAGGGCACCUGGCGUCACCCUUCUCCAACGCAAGAGUACGUCUACCAUACGAUCCGUCCCUGACCACAUGAGUACGGACGAUCUUCAAAUGGCCAUUCACAAAAUGUCCAUCAAGGCGGGAGACAAGGAACAAGAUACCUACGAUGAAAAGGAAGCCUUGUUACAAGUCUUGUCCGUAGCCGAUAUCAACAACGAUGGCAAGAUUACCUUUCAUGAAUUCACACGUGCUUUGUUGCUUUUGGAAUUUGCCAAGCGGGACAAUUUUCCAAACGCCAAGGCCGAAUUGUACUUCCGGGCCAUUGAUUUGCACAACAAUGGGAGCAUCAGUCAAGAAGAGCUACUUCAUUUUGCCAAGCGCUUGUACGUUUUGGGGGGCAUCCCCAUUAACGACCGGACGGCCUCGCAUUGGUCCGGUUUGUACGAACGAUUGGCCACUCCAGAAGAGAUUUGUGCCAAUUGGAUGGAUCGAUUUGAUCUCAAUCACGAUGGUCUCAUUUCGAGGGAGGAGUUUUAUAAAAUGGCCAAGGAGAUUGACUUUGGGCCCUCCUUUUUGUUUACCAAGUACUUUGAAAGAACCACCACUGAAUAA